AUGUCUCUGUCCUCGAGACCCAAGCUUGUGUCGGCACAAAGCACUCAGCGCCAGCCACCACCAUCGUUAUUCCAAGGACCGCCUUCACACAAUGCAUCAAAUAUUUCACUACAGGUUGGGUUACUGCCUAACACUCAGGGCUCGGCGAUGGCCCCGACAAGUGUCCUACAUCGCCCGUCUGCUCACAGAUCAACCUCAUCCAGAUAUUCUGCCGUAUCCUCAGAUGGCAAUAGGAGUCUAUCACCCUUUUUGACGCGAACACGGUCACAGAGGGAGGUAGAUAGCGCCGAAGUGUUAUGGCAGGAAAUGCAAAAUACCUUGGCCGAAGUAGAAUUGAGUGCUUUCAGAGGAGAGCAUGUCUUUGGGGAGGAGCAUUCGAAAGCUCUUGAAGAACUGCGCUUCAAGCAACUCAAACUAGCACAGGCUUGGACAAAAAGCGAGGUAGAUGAUGUUGAGGGAAGCCAAGAAGAAUCCACCCAGGUAGAAAGCACAGAUCAAAAACAAGGAACUCCGUCUGCCAAAGCAGCUGCCGCAACAACCACAGACAGCGCAGCUACAUACCAGGCGCUCGAGGCAGAAACUGAGAAGGACCUACAACAAGCUCGGAGGAGACGCGAUGCGAAUGAUUUAUAUUUUGACCGAGUUAACAAUGGUGUAUUGGAUGUUGUUGCUAGUUUAGAGGAAGUUGCCGAGGCAAUGCGCGAAGUUGAGCAAAGAAGCAAAGAUAUUUGGAAUGACACUGCAAGCGAGAGCGCCCACACAAUGAUAACAUCUACGAAUGGGUGA